AUGGACUCUUUUCUUAGACGUCCAAAGCGAAAAUCGAUCCAUGUUGAUGCUACCGCAAAAUCGGAACCAGCACUGGAAGACGUCGAGGAGUCGACAGAGAUUAAACUUGCCAUGCUAUCCUCUCUACAUCCCCUUGUUGAACAGGAAAGGCUUUUGGAUGUCCUCUUAGCCCACGAUGGCUCCGUUAGUCAGGCGUCGGCAUCUCUCAAAUCUUUUCGUCCCGGGAUGAAGAAGAAUGGUACUAUAGGAUUCCAGCAGUCUCUAAGACAGUACGCAAAACCUAGCCAAGAUGCACCUCAGUCGUCACCUAAGAAGAAGACAAAAAAAGGUAGCACGCUACAUCUGUACGAUCCAAAGGAUGUUGCAGAGAACACACCAUGCACCAUUAUCCACAAUUUCCUCCCAGCUGAAUUAGCAGAUGAUCUCUUAUACGAGUUAUUGAACGAGGCGAAAACGUUUGCGCCAAUCACAUUCAAACUGUUUGAGAAUGUCGUGACUAGCCCACACACAUCGUGCCUAUUUCUCGAAUCCUAUGAGAAAAUCCAAGAGCAAAAACACGACUAUUAUUACAAUGGGGGCAUGCUUGAUGAUGUGCGCCAGCUCACGCCAACACUUGCUAAAGUGAAGCCGAUUGUCCAAGAGACUGUCAACGAACAAAUUGAAUCCCGCAUAAAGACUUGUUACCCUGGAGGCAAAAAAUUGAAACACCAACCAUCCAAACCAUGGGCGCCGAAUGCUGCGUUCGUCAACUGCUACGACGGCGCACAGCAGAGCGUAGGGUGGCACAGUGACCAUCUUACAUACCUAGGUCCUCGUGCUGUCAUCGGAUCCAUCUCCCUAGGUGUAGCACGGGAAUUUCGUGUCCGUAAGAUUUUACCUCGAGAUGCAGAAACAAAGCGUCCAGACGAUGCAGAUGGCGAGGGUCAAAUAUCAAUACACCUACCACAUAACUCCCUCCUUGUGAUGCACGCAGAGAUGCAAGAAGACUGGAAGCAUUCCAUCUCACCUGCCCUGUCCAUUGAUCCACAUCCAAUCGCUGGGAACAAACGCAUUAAUAUCACGUAUCGAGAUUAUCGGGCAGAGAUGCAUCCGUCACUCACCCCGAGAUGCCGCUGCAAUGUCCCUUGCGUGCUCCGAGUGGUACAGCGAAAGAAAGACAACCACGGAAAAUACUUUUGGAUGUGCUAUGCAAACGCUAUUCCUGACAAAGAGGGGUGUACGUUCUUUGAAUGGGCUGAAUUUGAUGACGAAGGAGUCCCUAUUCGCAAAAAAGGAACGGCGAAGCCGCCUUAA